AUGCCGCUGACGCCGCUCAUACUGUCGCCAGCCCUCCCGUCAGAGCUGCUCACAUACAUCGUUCGAUAUAACGAGUACCCAACCACUCUGAUCGUGUGCUCGUCUCAGGCAGAAUUCCUGGACUCUCUCGUGGCCGAUGCACAAAAGUCAUUAUCACUCGCGGCUGAGGGCAGCCAAGUCCCGGGUCUCUCUUCCCUGCUCUCGUCCCCUGUCUACCAAGUCGCCAUCGCCCGUCACAUCCGCAUGAUAUUCGUGCCGACCGUCUCCCACCUGCGGGCCUGUCUCUCUGUCUUUACCGCCAAGGACUCCAAGGUCCCACCUCCUCCACCAGUCACCACUUCGCGCCAAGCAAGAACGCGGCCUCUCCUGCUGGUGUAUGGGUUCCUCGCCCUGCACCGCGACACGAGUGAAUGGAGCGCCCAGGGGAUAAGUAGCACGGCGACAGGCCUGGUGGAAGCUGCCAGGAGGGUUGGUUUUCGGGCUGUCGUGGUUGAUUCGCCCCGGCCUGUGAUGCAGACUGAGGACGACGCGGACGCGCAAGGCGCCGGUAACGAGGAUGAACCUGUGGGGGUUGAGACAGAGCAAACGAUCUUGUCUGAGGAGGCCCCGGUGCUGAGUGCCAGUGCUAGAAGGGCCGGCGCCGAUCUGGAUGACGCUGACUGGACCGGGCGUACCGUGACUUUGGCGAGGAUCCUGGGGAGGUGGUUCCGAUACCGUCAAGGAAAUUGGGCGCAGGGAGUGCAGGUAGUGCAGGAGCACCCAUGA